CGUAUCAUACAAUGAUUAGUUGGUCGCGCGCAGAAAUAUGCGCAUGACGUGUAAGCGCACUGGCCACAGAUAAAAUACGAGGAGUAAUUUAUCGUUGUGGCGCGCUUUUCUACACACUUCAAUUAUUUGAAAAACAAACGAAUUUGAAAUUCGAAUUAAGUCAGAAUAUUUUGUUGUUUCGUGAGAUAAUGGAAAAAUAAAAAUAUCAGUGAUAAUGUCUGAAAUGUUUUUUUAAAUAAUAAUGAAGACACAUAAAGCUCUUCUUAGUUUACAAUAAUAAUUAAAUAAUGCAUUAAUAUAUAUACUUUCGCUAUCGCCCCAAUAUUUUAAAUAGGCUAAAGCAUACCAAUAGAAGGUUAGUCAAACAAAUCGGCGCAAAAACUGACGUAUACUUUGUACUAGGAACACACAAUAGAGUCCACAAUGACUAAAGAAAAUUGGAAGAAAAAUGCCCCAGAUCACUUUUUCGGAUGCUGUAUCGCCGCGCUCAGGGAAGGAAACGAGGCUCCGGAACUGUUCACGAGGUCGUGGACCGGAAGGGUGUCCCCGCUGUUCUGGCGAGUGCCGAUAUUUGUAUGGGCAGUGUGUACUAUUACGUGGUCGGUCGUUUGCUUCUGGGGACCUCGAGAAAUGUUCCUUCUAUAUAUGACGCAUUGGGGCUUGAUUAUGAUAUUUUUCGAAUCACUAUUUGGAAUAUUAGUAUGCGUUAAGAAAAUUCCUGAAGAUUUACCUGGUCUACCAUGGUACGUGAGGACGUACUGGGUGUUGUACAACAUAACAGUUCCUCUGGCUUUCCUUAUCACAUUAUUCUAUUGGGCUGUUUUAAGAGCUCCGGGCAGGAAUUCGAAUUACGCGCCGAACCCAAUCCUGGACGUAAUGCUGCACGGUGCGAACUCGGGGCUCAUGUUGAUCGAGCUGGUGCUGUCGCGGCUGCCCAGUAGACUGUUGCAUGUGAUGCAACCGCUGUACUUCUCUGGGGUGUAUCUGCUGUUCACGCUCGCGCACUUCUUCGCUGAGGGACAUGAUCCAUGGGGCAACCCCUUCAUAUACCCCGUGAUAGACUGGUCGAAGCCUCUGGAGACAAUCAUAGUGUUAACUUUGACAGCUCUAUUCUUUGCUCUCAUGCACAUGCUCGCAGUGGGCAUCGCAACAACACGUGACUUCGUUGUCAGGAAAUAUACGGAAAAUAAAAAUGGAGUCUACAAUGACGCUUUUGAACCAUAACACGGUAAAUAGAAUACAUAAUAAUACCUAUUUACUGUGACCGUAAUAUACAAAGUUGAUGGAAUGUUAAGACAAAGAAUAAAGAAGAAAUUACAAAUAACAACACAGCAACGACUGCUUUCAUAGAACAAUUUCUUAAAUACCAAAGAGAUGUAUGGAAUUCCUAUUUUCAUUCGAUCGAAAAAAAUAUUUUUCGAUAAGUAAAUCUUCACCUACAUUGAUAAAUUGUCAGUGGUCUUUUAACAUAAAAUGUUGAUUCAAAUAUUUUAAUCAAAAUUUGAAAUAUUAUAUUAUAAUUCAUCGUUACCACUUAUACAACUACCUAAAAGACUUAAAAUAUUUAAUUUAAAUUUUUAUUUUUCUCGUUCUCUUGCUAUUGCGGCGAUACUUAAUAUUUACAAUAGGUGCCUUUGUAUAUAACAUAUCUAGUUAUUUAUUCAUGAUUAAGACUUACAAGUUUCAAAACUAAUUAAGAAAAUAGGUGAACGACUUAAACUUUGUAAAAGUAUGAUUAGUUUAGAUGUGACGUUCAAACUAGUGACACAUUAUUAGGUGUAUAGCUAGAAAAUUUUAUUGAUUAAGUUUCAAAAUCUUGUUAAAUCUGGGUAAGCCUGUGAUCAUUGUAAUGUAAUAAAUAAGGAACUUACAUAAGAAAAUUUGUUUAGGGAUGCAUAAUAAAUUGUCGAAAUUUUAUAUCUUUAGCUAUCUUUAAGAUAAUAAAUAUUUUUUUGAUAUU